UCAAGAUACAAUACCAGACCCAAGUUACUCUUUACUAUGAUGUUCUCAAGGAAAGGAAGCACAUUUGCUUCAGCACUAUCUCCGCAUUUCCCUUCAAGGGCUGCUCGUUUCAUCUUUCUCCGUUGUUACCCUCAGAUGAUUCUAAACCUCAUUCAGACAGUUAUGGUGUUGAGCUUGUUGAUGAUGAUGCGUGGCAGGUUUCAUCCGGGUUGGCAUUGGCAGGGGCAGGAAUGCAGGGGUCUGCAUUGGACUCAAGUGCGUUAUCGGAUGAAGUGGUUGAUGAGCCAAUUGAUAGUUGCAGAGCAGCUGUUGAAGGUGAUCCGGAUUUUGAUGACAUUGACAACAUGAGAAUUCACGGCAAUCUCUUCUUUAAGCUUGACCGAGAUUCCAAAGAGUUUGAAGAGUACAAUUUCGACUUCCAUCGUAGGAAGAAGUCUUCUAAGCAAAAGGAUGACCCAAAGGAAAGUCAAAGGAAGGGAAAUGAGUUAAAGGAUAGCAAAAGAGACAACCCAAGUUGUGAAUUGCCCUCCAGAAGCAAGAAGCAAACUAGAAUUGUGGACGAUUGUCCACUUGAUGAAUUGGACACUCAUGUUGGGAAGAAGAAGCUGAGAACUCCGACUUAUAUAAUCAGCUGACAGGUCCUUUCCAUGAGCCGUUUUGCCUGGACAUUUUUAUAUCAAAGGCUUCUGUUCGUGCGUGCAUCAUUCACCGAGUCACCAGUAAGGUUGUCGUUGUGGCACAUUCCAUAUCAAAGGACAUGAAAUUUGACCUUGGGUCGACUAGGAAUGCAGCUGCUUGUGCUGGUGUGGGGGAAAUUCUCGCGCAGAGGGCAUUAGAAGAUGAUAUCCAUGAUGUGAUUUACACACCAAGGAAAGGGGAGAGAUUGGAGGGUAAGCUUGAAAUUGUGCUUCAGUCUAUCACUGUGCCAUGCUCUCCCCUUUCAACAACGAAAACCCUCGGCUUGGGAAUUACUCUCUUUCGAGCUAGGAGAGGGGACUGCCAUGCUCUCCUGUGCUGAGAAUUGAGGACAAAACAAAAACAUUAGCAGCACACAACACACAUCAUGAGUGACAAAACAAAACAGAAAUCACCUGUAUUCAACAACCCACAACUCAACUCAAUACAAACAUGUGCCAAUUCCCCAGUUGCCAAAAUCCAAAAAAUUUCACUCAUUCGCAGUUGCUAAUUGCAGUGACAGCAGCUCAUCUUCCGGGAUUGUCCGAACGUGACAAUCCCAUUUCGGGUACGACACGCACAGCAAUGUGUACCCGCCUUCCACCACAUCAUCACUCAGCAUUCCUUCGCUCUGAUCGACCGUCCAAUGCCUUCUCCAGUACUGAGGGGCAGUUUUUGUGUGGUUUAUUUUUUUUAUUACGAGGCGUGGGCUAAUGAGUUUGUAAACUUUUAUUUUUAAUUUUAAACUCUAUGUGUUUUUAAAUUGAUAUUCAUUUAAUAAUUACUUUUAGUUUUAUGAUUUUACUAAAAAUUAGCAGUUUUUGAUUUUCAAUGAACAUAAAAACAAAAUGAUUAUCAAUCAAAUAGACACAUAAAAUGUGAUUUUUGCAUUUUGUUUGAAUAGUGUAUAAUCAUGUGUUUAGCUUUGUCAUUUAAUUUAUUCAAUUUAAUCACAAAAAAAAAGUGAUUGGGGGAUGUCAUAAAUUGCACGUGCAAAUUUUUUGUAGGGACAUAAA